CCUGCGCGCGGGAGUGAGCAUCAUCAUCACUAUCUGAAGCGUGCUCGCGGAGAUCUCGCGCUGGCCACCGCCUUCACGCUCUGCACCAUCAGCACCAUCAGGACCAUCAAGGACAAUGAGCCCCUAGCGAGUCACCGCAUCCAUACGUUAACCUCGCGCUAUUCCAUAGACCAACUAUGAAUCAUGUGUGUGCUAGUACUGUCAAAUCUGCUCGCGUGCAUCCUCGCUUCUCGACUCCAGCCGUUCGUGGCGUCCGCGUCAGCCGUGUUGGAGGCUGAGAUCCCCAGGGAAGCGGUGUCAGAUGAUACUGCAGCGGGACAGGCGCACAAUGCCAGCAUCCCGCAGGACUCACAGCGCACACUCACAUACCCCUCUCGCCUCAUCUACUACCUGAACGAAGCCUCUGAGAGCACCUACCAUGACCUGGACACCCGCAGCAAGAUCCCUGACGCACACACACAGGAGGUUCAUCUCGCUCAGGCUUCAUUCCAACUUCAGGCCUUUGGAUCCCAAUUCAUUCUCGACCUCACAUUAAACAAUGACCUGCUGUCCUCAGACUAUGUGGAGAUACACUAUGAGGACGGGAAGCCCAUCCUCGGGAAGGGUGGAGAGCACUGUUACUACCACGGCCACAUCAGAGGGAAUGACAACUCGCAUGCCGCUCUGUCCACCUGUAACGGUCUACAUGGCAUGUUUGAUGAUGGACUCCAUGUGUACACAAUUGAGCCACUUAAUCAGACUCACUCUAUUGAGGGAACAGCGAGACCACAUGUCUUACGCAGAACCAAUAUCCUGCAGCAAACCCCCCCUACAGGAGAGGAAGGCAUGGAGGAGGAUUUGUCUUGGCUUCACCGGAGGAAAAAGCGAGCUAUCCCGAGGAACCUGUUUGAGGAGAUGAAGUACAUCGAGCUGAUGAUCGUCGUCGACCACAACAUGUUUAAGAGACUGGGGACCAAGCAGCGCACACUCAACUUUGCCAAAUCUGUGGUCAACCUGGUGGAUGCUAGUUUUAAAGAUCACCUGUACACGCGUGUGGUCCUGGUCGCCCUAGAGAUCUGGACGGAAAAGGAUCAUAUUCCCAUUAGUGUGAUUCCGUUCGAUAUGCUGCGAAACUUUUCCAAAUACCGACAGCAACACAUCAGGAAGCACGCAGACGCGGUGCAUCUGUUCUCGAACGUGACGUUUCACUAUCCUCGCGGCUGCGCGGCGUAUUUUGGAGGGAUGUGUUCUGUGAGUCACGGGGUCGGAGUCGUUGAGUAUGGCUCUACGCGGACAUUGGCACUCGUGCUGUCCCAGAGUUUGGCUCAGAAUCUUGGCAUUCAGUGGGAUACAACAUCAAUAAAAAAUGAUUGUGGGUGCAUGAACUCCUGGCUCGGCUGCAUCAUGGAGGACAAUGGGAUUCAGCUCACACGGAUCUUCUCUAAGUGCAGUAUCACUGGUUUUAAAGAGUUCCUGUUGAAGGGAGGGGGAUCCUGCCUCUUUAACAAACCCACCAAGCUGUUUGAAGAGACAGAGUGUGGAAAUGGAUAUGUAGAAGUGGGAGAGGAGUGUGACUGUGGACCAAGAGAAGAGUGCAUUAAAGAGUGCUGUAAGAAGUGUUCUCUGUCUAACGGUGCACACUGCAGCGAUGGACCCUGCUGCAAUAAAACAUGUCUGUUCUACCCGCGAGGCUACACCUGCCGCUAUGCAGUGAAUGACUGUGAUAUUUCAGAGACGUGCUCUGGAGACUCAGGCCAGUGCCCUCCCAAUCUACACAAGCAGGACGGCUACUUCUGCUCUCUCGAACAGGGCCGCUGCUACGCUGGGGAGUGCAAGACGAGAGACAGUCAGUGUAAAUAUGUGUGGGGUCCACAGGCUGCGAGUUCUGAGAAGUUCUGCUAUGAGAAGCUGAACACAGAGGGCUCAGAGAAGGGCAACUGUGGUCAAGAUGGAGACAAAUGGAUCCAGUGCAGUAAGCAUGAUGUGUUUUGCGGGUAUCUGUUGUGCACUAACAUGGGCCGAAUCCCACGGAUAGGAAUUAUGAAAGGAGAAGUCACUCCCACAAACUUCAACCAUCAGGGCAGAGUGAUCGACUGCAGCGGUGGCCACGUCUUGCUGGAUGAUCAGACUGAUCACGGUUAUGUGGAGGAUGGGACUCCAUGUGGUCCAUCAAUGAUGUGUCUGGACAGGAAGUGUCUCCCUAUCCAGGAUCUGAACCUGAGCUCCUGUCCCAGCGGACACAACGGACACAUCUGUUCCAGUCAUGGGGUGUGCAAUAAUGAGGCGGCUUGUACAUGUGACACAACAUGGGCGGGGACAGACUGUAGCAUGCCUGACCCUCCAAAAGAGCCGGCCCCUAGUGAAGAUGAGGAGCCCAAAGGUCCUAGUGCCACCAAUCUCAUCAUAGGGUCCAUCGCAGGGGCUAUCCUGGUGGCAGCUAUAGUCCUGGGUGGGACGGGCUGGGGUUUUAAAAACGUCAAACGGAAAGGAUAUAAUCCAAGUGCUUCUGCCAUCUAGAAGCAACGCUCCAAUCGCCGGAGCUUCUGUAUUCUGGCAUUAUAAAAAUAUUAUACAUAAUAGUAAAGAAUUCAACCAACAAUACCUUAGUUGUGUAGCUCCACCCCUUUUUAUAAGCUCCACCCUCUCUCUCUCUCUCAGCCAAUUUAUUGACAUAUCCCACUCUCCCCCAACAGCCAAUCAGAUCAUUCUUACAUUACAGAAGCAUGACAUCACAACGGCCUUGCCUUGGCACCUAUUUGAAGGUUUUGCUUGGCUAAUGCCCAUACUCAGCAGAAUACACCAUAAUGACCUUUGAAGAACAAUA